GCUAUUUUCCUUCACAACUAAGCGUCGCCAAUUCUACGCCCGCACCUGCUGCGAACCUUGCUCAAUAAGAAAGCAUAUGCUGACCUAUCCGAAACCAUACCCGCGUAUAUGAACAAGUGAUCCAUCAUUGCUAUUGAUACGAACAUUCUGUUGGACCAGCCGACAGGGCACCAUCGCUCUUCACCAUGGCCCACAGGUUCAUCAUCGAUUCUAGUCCCAUGGGCAAGGGUUCGCCGUUGACACCAGAUAGACGACGUGCUAAUAACUUUUCGCAAUACGAAGACAACCUGGCCAGCACGCCCUUGGGUCCUCCUCCAUCAGCAGCAGCAGAUUUCGGCAGCUCAGUGCCUCCGGCGUUUGACUCUCCACGACCCUCGAAUUUUGGAAUUGGCACAACUUCAGGCAUGGGGGGAGGGCUAUUUGGCCAAUCACGCAAUCCAAACGCUCCUCUGGGCCGCCUGAUGAGAGGGAGGCCGUCUGGGCUAAGCCGACAGCUUCAUGCCGGCGAUAACGACAAGGAAGACGAUUUUGGCGAGGGUUUUGACGAAGAUGACGAACUUCCUCCCCUGAGAGGAAGCUUGUUUCGAAGUGGCCCCCAAACAACCAGGGCGUCACAAAGAAAAGACGAUAUGGAAGCUGAAGUGGAGCGAUAUAUCGACGAGGAAAUGGAGGAAGAAUUGAGCGCGGAUAACUCCGAUACGGGCGACAUUUUCUUGAACAUGCGACACGACGAUCGUGCAUACGGCCAGCCUGUUAUUGGCGAGGAGCCAGACCUGAUGAUGCUGCAAACACCCGCGGCAACGGCCAGAGUACGCAAGGAAGCUGAGAGCAUAUAUAGCCAGUCGACUCGCUUUAGGCCUACGAGAAACCACGAGCUUCAAUUCGGCACCAUUGCCAAAGAUAUCUACACAUAUCAAGAACCUGCCCGAAUCACAGAGAGCCCCGAUUUAAUCCUGAAGACCGAAAACUUGGUCUGCCAACUAUACAACGAUGGAGUCGGCGCGCAUGAGGACCCAGAAAGACUGGAAAAUUCACUUGCUAACAUCACCUACCGACUCAUUCAACUUUGGACAGAGUAUACAGAGGAGCUUCCUCCGCCAGAAGGCGAAGAUCUGGCCACCAUUGGACCGCCGGAAGGCGCAGAUCCAUUUGAAAAGGCUGCCUAUGUUGCUCAUUUGAUCCUCCGUAUGCACCAUGCUCGUUUCGACACAAAAACCGAAGACGAUAAGAUACCACCAUUGCCAGAAAUUCUCUUUGACUGGUUACAAAGCAGCCACAACUUGUUUCCCAACCAAGUUCGAGAGAUUUCCAGAUAUAAGCCCAGCCCUGCAUGCCAUAGCUUGUACUGGCAGACUCUGAGAAACGCACUGCUACGCGGUGACGUAACUGGAGCGCAGCAACUUUUGAGAAAUGCUGGCUGGGAACAUGUUCGGCGAGGACCACUGGGCGGCCCAACUUACACAGGCAAGGCCCUCGAAAACGUACGAAGGUUUGCGGAGGCUACGUGUGAGAUGCUUGACCAAUGCCCUGCAGCGCGCAACGACUGGGAGAUUCUGGAUAGUAGCUGGACUCUAUUCCGAGUCCAAGCUCGAGGCUCUUUGGAUAGGCUCACCCUGUUUGCUGAAGGCAAAGACACUAGCCUACUGGACUCUCUGAACGACGGAGUCGACACGUCCAUGUCAGCGAUGGCCAAGAAGGCGUCGAGCCAGAUUCCCUGGGAUAUUUACGAAAAUUUGCAGACGAUAUAUGACAUUGUCCUGGGACAGACUGAGGCUAUCUUGGAGACGGCGCAGGAUUGGUGCGAGGCAACGGUUGCGUUGUUUGGCUGGUGGGAUGAGAGUGUUCAGCGCCCCAAGAGCUUGGUACAGUCUCAGUUCGGUGUUUCGCCUGGUAACUUUACAGACUCCGAGGACUACUUUGAUCGGCUAGUGACUGUGUUCAACAUUGUUAUUCAGUCUGGCCUAACCCCCAACACAAUGAAUCCCGUCGAGGUUGCUCUUGCAUCUGCCUUUGAAGGUAAUGUUCAUGCUGUUAUUGGAUGCCUGAGAACUUGGUCACUACCAGUAGCCUGCUCAGUGGCCGAAAUCGCUUCUUUGGGCAAAUGGCUUCCGCCACAAGAAUCUGCGAAGCCACUACCGGCCGACAGUCUGGAUAUCGACGAUUUAAUGCUUCUCGGUGUCGGCCAGCCUAGCACUGAUGAUAUCGAGGGUAUUAAGGACACAACGCUUGUUAUUUAUGCCAGAGAGUUGGCAGGAAUUGAGCAUCUUUCACCACAACGAGACGGCUGGGAGAUGGCCAUUCAGGUGCUUGGGCGUAUGGACGUUCCAGAAAAAUCAGAGGAAACAGUUGGUGAAUUGCUGAGAGAUCUUUUGGCAACAUUAGAUGUGAACUCUAGCAUAACGGUUAAUAAGAUGUGGAGGUUGUUGAGCGAUCUGGGCAUGAUGAAUUAUGCGGAGGAGACUGCAGAGACAUUUGCCGAGAUUUUGUCAAAAGAAUCUCACCGAUAUGGUGAGGCUCUUUGGUAUUUUGCACUUUCUCAUCGCACGGAUCGGGUCCGUGAAGUUUUGAACCUUCUCAUGUCCUAUUCGCUGGUUCAAUCAACGGUAUAUCCUGCCGAAAAGGAUCUUGACGAGGAUCUCAAGGGCCUACUUCGAAAUAGGUCAGAAACCUUAGAAGAGAAGGCCAAGAUUGACCUGGAAGCCGCCCAGUUGCUAGGCCGGAUGCUUAGCGGCUACGCUACGCUGCGCAAAUUUUACGAGAUCAGAGACGAGAUAGGAAAAAUUGAAGAAGUCUCACCAUCUAGGGCUCUUGCCAUGAAGAAGCAAGCUGCGUUCGCGCUGGUGGCUGUCGUCUCUAGUUCGGGGGACAACAUCCGCGGCGGGCUCUACGACGAGACUAGAGAUGCUGUGGUUAGCGAAGACUUUUUGCUGGCUCUGCUUGGCGAAACAACAGUUUUCAUUAACCAGUCGCCCUCUGUCAUCUCUCUUGAGCAGCUUGACAUUCUGCUCAAGGCGAUUGAGGAUAUCCAAGCGGUGGGCACAAGAGUGUACUCGACAUGCGAAGAGUUUUUUAACCUGGUGCUCGCGUCAGCCCAGGGUUUGAAGGGGUCUACACCUGCAGAUCUGAUGAAAUCGACAAGUUCGCUUAGUAGUAGCACAUAUAUGAUGAGUGGCAGCUCACUCCUUGCUAGCCACAUGCAAAAGUCCAUCAUGGGAGGAGGAGGAGGCAAAGUGAACAGGGGAUGGGAUUGGAGGAAAGGCUGGCUUGCUAAUACCAAGGGAGAAGACGUGAUUCGCAAGUUGAGGCUAGGCUUGGCUAAAGACUUGGCAUCACUAUGGUUGGACGAUGCGGACGGAAGCCUUUUGCGACGAGCUGGAUCCAGCUCCGCGGCCGGAGCUCUGAACCGCACUCUAUGCGCGUCUUCGACCCGGCGAUUCUCAAGCGUCAAGUCCCUGCCGCCGACGUACGAGAGGCUCUUUAACCGAUAUACCGAAGUGCGCCGGGUCUUGGGCAAGCAGCGCCUGACGCUGGCCGAGAAGAUUCUCUACAGCCACCUGGACAAUGUCGAGGAGUCACUGCUGACCAACACGGAUAAUGGACGCAGCAUCCGCGGCAAGGCCAACCUGCUGCUGAAGCCCGACAGGGUCAACAUGCAGGAUGCGUCUGCGCAGAUGGCCCUGCUGCAGUUCAUGUCGUGCAAUCUGGAGAAGCCGGCGAUCCCUGCGAGCAUCCACUGCGACCACUUGAUCGUGGGAGCCAAGGGCGCUGAGAAUGAUCUGUCGACGGGCAUCCAGGCGAACAAGGAGAUUUUCGACUUCCUGGAGUCUGCGGCGCGCAAGUACGGAAUGGACUUCUGGCCGCCUGGUGCGGGUAUCAUCCACCAGACUGUGCUGGAAAACUAUGCGCUGCCGGGUCUGAUGAUGCUGGGCACUGAUAGCCACAGCCCCAAUGCUGGUGGUCUCUGCACUGUCACAAUUGGUGUUGGAGGUGCCGAUGCUGUGGAGGCUCUGGUCGGCGCCCCAUGGGAGCUCAAGGCCCCCAAGGUGCUCGGUGUCCAGCUCACUGGCAGCCUGAACAACUGGGUUGCUCCCAAGGAUGUCAUCUUGAAGCUGGCUGGCGAGCUGACUGUUCGCGGUGGCACUGGCUCCAUCAUUGAGUACUUUGGUCCUGGCGUUGACACCUUGAGCGCGACUGGUAUGGCUACCAUCUGCAACAUGGGUGCCGAGGUUGGCGCAACCACGUCCAUCUUCCCUUACACCGAAGCUUCUGCUCGAUACCUCGAGUCUACCCGCAGAAGCCAGGCUGUUGAGAACAUCAAGGCCCUGCAAACCUUCCCUGCAAACAACGCCUCCGAGGACUCCCGCUUCCAAUUCAAGGCCGAUGAAGGCGCCGAGUAUGACCAGCUCAUCACCAUCAACCUCUCUGAGCUGGAGCCUCACGUCAACGGCCCCUUCACUCCCGACCUGGCUACCCCUCUGUCCAAGUUCAAGGACGCCGUUAAGGAGCAGCAGUGGCCCGAGAAGCUGUCUGCCGGCCUCAUCGGCAGCUGCACCAACAGCUCCUACGAGGACAUGACACGUGUGGAGAGUCUCCUCAAGGAGGCUGCCGAUGCUGGUCUCAAGCCUGCAGCCGAUUUCUACAUUACCCCUGGCAGCGAGCAGAUUCGCGCCACCCUGGAGCGUGACGGCACUCUGAAGACCUUUGAGGCCGCCGGCGGCGUUCUGCUGUCCAAUGCGUGUGGUCCCUGUAUCGGCCAGUGGCAGCGACAGGAUGGUGUUACCAAGGGAACCUCCAAUGCCAUCCUCACCUCCUACAACCGUAACUUCCGUGGCCGAAACGAUGGCAACCCCGAAACUAUGAACUUCCUUGCCUCCCCCGAGAUUGUCACCGCCAUGGCUUUUGCUGGUUCAACCACUUUCAACCCCAUGACUGACACUAUCAAGACACCCUCUGGCAAGGACUUCAAGUUCUCUCCCCCUCACGGUCUUGAAGGCCCCAAGACUCCCUUCGAGGCCGGUGUUCCAUCCCUCGGCGUCCUCUCCCAACAGCCUGACCCCAGCGUUCAGGUCGCCGUCUCCCCAUCUUCCGACCGCCUCGCCUUCCUCGAGCCCUUUGCCCCCUUCCCAGAGUCUGACCUCUCCGGCCUCCGCGUUCUCGUCAAGGUCACCGGCAAAUGCACCACCGACACCAUCUCCGCUGCCGGCCCCUGGCUCAAGUACAAGGGCCACCUCCCCAACAUCAGCACCAACACCCUCAACACCGCCACCAACGCUGAGACGGGCGAAGUCAACGCCGCCUACGACCUCGACGGCUCCAAGCACACCAUUCCCGAGCUCGGCCAGCUGUGGAAGGAACGCAACCAGGAGUGGCUCGUUGUCGCGGAGCACAACUACGGCGAGGGUUCGGCCCGUGAGCACGCCGCCCUGCAGCCCAGAUACCUCGGCGCGAGAGUUGUCCUGACAAAGUCCUUUGCGCGCAUCCACGAGACGAACCUGAAGAAGCAGGGUGUCGUGCCGCUGACGUUUGAGAACGAGGCUGAUUAUGACAAGAUUGGAGCUGGUGACGAGGUUAGCACCGUUGGGCUGUAUGAGAUGCUCCGCAACAAGGGCAAGGGAGAUGUUCAGCUCAAGGUCAAGAAGGCGAGCGGCGAGGAGUUUUUGAUCCCGACGAAGCAUGCUGUGAGCAAGGACCAGGCGGGAUUCAUUUUGGCAGGCAGUGCGCUGAACUUGCUGUCCAAGAGGGCGUAGAGGUUGAACCAGGGUUAGGGAAUAGCUGCUGAGAUGGAUAUAGCAGAAUGAUCCGAGGAAAAUUGAGAAUGAAAGAAUGGGUAUAUAGUGCUGUACGUCUUUGUAUGUAGCAGUAUACCUAAAGCGUGGAGCUAAGUAAUUGAUUUCUUGUAUAACAUAAAGGAAGAACUAGAUUCCUAACUACCUGAAAUAAAAAUAUCUUUGGUG